CAUCACUGUGCAUUUUUGUUCGAACUCUUACUCUCUUCCGAUCGAAACAUCGCGAGAUCUCAUUAUCCUACUCUUGGCUUUAAUGGUGAGCUCGCAAGCUUCAGCAUACGGAUUUCUUGGGUUUCGUGGUGUUCUCAGUCUGGCAGCUAAUAUACAGCUCAGUUCAGCUCUAAGGAGAGAAGCAUCCGAACUUUGGUGCUACCUUUGCUUCCCUUUUGAAUGUUUUACGCUCUUCAUUAUUUCAUCGGUGUGCAAUCCUCGGUACGAACGUUCACCCUAAGUAGAGAUUCAAGGUUGUAACCUGCAGUGACCAUGAACUUGACUCGGUUGCAUGAUUAGCUUCGAUAUGGGCAAUCGAACUUGACUCAUAGGAGUAUUUCUAAAAGAGAGUUGAUUUAGUUUCUAAUGAAAAGGUUGGAGUUAGUGAGGAUUGUUAUCUAGCAAAGCACAGCUAUAAUAAAGCGUGACCCCGAAUAACAAAGACAAGAACAGAGAGCCUCGUGAAAUUUGGAGGGUGCUCACCUAAGUCAUCCACUCAUGAGGUAAUGUUGGAAUUCCGAGGUUCGUCGAAGGGCGAGAUGUCCAGUCGGAGGGUGGUGUGGUUCCUUGCCACAAUGAAACUAAUUUAGGUUUUUAGCAGGGCAAUAAGUAGUUCUGAAUCGUCAGGUCCUGAGAUAGUCAACGCGGCUUCAGAAAUCGGAGUUUCCUGGAGAGGACCUUUCAUUUAAUCGUCCUGUGACGAAGGGAGUACUUGUCUAACAGAGGAACGCCUCAUGUCUGUAUGCGAGAGCAUUGAUCUUAAUCGUGCUUCGUUAUCGAUUUAAGGCUACAUUUGUAUCUGCAAGAGUUGAACCGGUGAGAAAUUUUCUCUUCUUCGAUUCUUGACUAAACAACAUGCCAUGAGUCGGCAAGAGCUCUAGCUUGAGAGACAAUGCCUCCCAGGCGGAUCUUGCAGGCCAAUGCGCCCUAUGCAUACUCGCCUCUCUUAUUAUCUCCAGACACUGUGGGACACCCUAAUCACCACCUUGCACUGGGUCUCGGACUUGGAUGCAGCUUGGGUGUAAUCCUCGUAGCCCUCGUGGCAGCCUUGCUUGUCUAUCAUCGGCUGAAAACUAGCAGGACAAAUCCAUACGACCUUUACACCUCUAAAAAUCUCCAGAAAUUUUCGUAUCGGCAUCUCAAGAGAGGGACUGCAAAUUUCUCCGAAGAGCAGAAACUUGGCCAAGGGGGAUUUGGGGCAGUGUACAAGGGACGUCUUCGCAACGGCAGCGAAGUUGCAGUGAAGAGAAUCGACGUUUCCUCAGUACAAGGUGAGGUUGCUUUCCAGAAUGAGGUUUCAAUUGUUGGCCGAAUUGCCUCUCCGCACAUUGUCCGGCUUCUGGGAUUUUGUGCACAAGGUCCACGGCGUCUACUUGUAUAUGAAUUCAUGGGUAAUCGAAAUUUACAAGAGACCCUCUUUGAUGAAGUGUACGCUGUUCCAUUAAACUGGGCCAUGCGUCUCAAGAUUAUUCUUAACGUUGCUGAAGCAUUAUCCUAUUUACAUUUCAAGUGUGAUCCCCCGAUCAUCCACGGUGAUGUGAAACCUAGCAACGUGUUGCUAGACGCAAACUUUCAGGCCAAGCUUGCAGAUUUUGGCCUUGCUCGGGUUAAGACUGAAGAAAGCAUCCUCGAUGUUCAAACCCAGGAAGUACAGAGAGAGGCCAUCGAGAAGGAGAGGAUACGGUAUGAAAGGGUAGUGCGUGAUCGAGCCAAGCGGCAGAGACGAAGAGAGGAAGCUGAGAAGAAGAAAAUGGAUGACAUCAGACAGGCUAAUUCCGUGAAGGGAGAAUCAAUGGAAUCGUUUGCGUUUGAUCCUAAUCCCGAAGGAGAUAGGAAAAGCUCAGCUUCUUUAUUUGAUGGUCUGUCGACUGAGGAAGAAACGAGCGGCUUAACCUUGGAGUCUCCUUGCUCGAAGGGAGGAAAUAAUACACCAACCAGCAUGGCAAGAGAUUCAUGUUGUGACCACAUUCCCCACUGCAGCGAUGGAGUUCGUGGUACUGCGUUAGAAUCUCCAGUUUCCAAAGAAAUUAGGUCAGAUGCGGAAGGAGAUAAUUUCAUGAGUGCAGAAGGAGAGACCGAUCUGGACAAGAGUGUGAUUCUCAGUGUGGACGGGACCGGGGAGGAAGGGUGGAGCACUGUGAGCCCCUCGCAACCUGAUUUGGAGUUUAACUUCGAAACUACCGAGGUUCUGAAGCAGAAAGGAGUCAAGGGAAAUGGACUGAGGUCGUGGAGCCGAGAAUGGUGGCGAAAACAGGAAAAGGAUGAUGAAAGUGUUAGUCAUCACCUCCAAGACUCGGAUUCUAAGAGCACCAGAAGCACAAAAGGGGUCCAACGAAGCGGAGAUCAUGCAACAGAAAGCGAAACACGUCGACCCAAGAACCGCUCGAAUCUUCGAAGGCAGAGGUCGAAAAGCUCUGGUUGGAUAAGCGCCAUCGUAGGAGAGUUAAGCAAAGAACCCAAAAAAACUCCUGCGAAGCACGACAAGCUGAAGGGACGAGAGUGGUGGCGUGAAGAGUAUUGUGAGGAGCUUAGUAACAAGAGCCGAGAAUUUAAGAAAGGGUCGAGCAUGAGACUUGACCGUAGUCGUAGCAGCCAGAGGCACAAGAAGGACGAUUACACCAAAUGGAUUCGGGACUUCAGUCGAGAGUUCAGUGCAGAAUUAGGACACAGCAAAAAUCUGGAUAGUAGGAGAGAGAGUCGAAAGUCGAGGUCAAGGCGAGAGGAGUUCUGGAGUGGAGAUUCAUACCGAGGGAUUAGCAGUACUCCAAGCAUGCGCGGAACGAUAUGCUAUGUAGCACCUGAAUCUGGCGGGGCAGGAUCGAACUCAGAGAAAAGUGAUGUGUACAGCUUUGGCGUUCUGCUGUUAGUUUUGAUAUCUGGACGCCGGCCAUUGCAAGUCAAUGCAUCUCCUGCGACCGAUUUCGAAAGAGCCAACCUUAUUUCUUGGGCACGCUUGUUGGCACGCAGUGGGAAUGUGCUAGACCUUGUUGACCCGAAUCUUCAAUCGGAGUACUCUGAGGAUCAAGCUGAAUUGUGCAUCACUGUUGCACUGCUCUGCCUGCAGAGGUUACCUAUUGCGCGUCCAAGUAUGACUGACAUCGUGAAGAUCCUAAAUGGAGAGCUUGAUCUUCCGGACCUCCCUUUCGAGUUUUCACCGUCUCCUCCAGGGUUCAGAUCACGCCGAAAACCCUUAGCUGAAUGAAGAUGUGCCUGAGCAGGCCCCUGUGACCAACUUAAACACAGUCCUCUUGUCCUCUGUUGCCAAACGCCUCCGAAGCAGGAUCAAGCGCUCAAAGGUCACUGACACUAAAACGCGUUCAACCAGAACGACAGAAGAUGCCUUAGUGAUAGUCGACGCGGGAGGCGACCAUUGAACACACUUUGUGGUGUGCUGCUUCGUUGCACUUCUAGCUGAUGGAAGGUGUUCUUUUUAGCGCACGUUAACAUUGAAUAAUGAAAACUCCGGUGCAAUUUUUUUUCGGGCG